AUGUCGACAAUGUUUACCGAGCAUUCCAAGAUUCACCCUGUGCCCGAACGACUAUUACAUGCAAAGAAAGUGGCACCUAAACCUCACAUUGACUCUUUCGAGGCUUAUCAGAAAAUGUACAAGAAAAGUAUUACGGAUCCCGAAGCCUUUUGGGGGAAAUCGGCUAGAGAACUCCUUCAUUGGCACAAACCAUUCGAAACUGUCGUUUCUGGUGGGUUUGAUUACGGAGAUAUCGCAUGGUUUCCUGAAGGUGAACUGAACGCAUCUUACAAUUGCGUUGAUAGGCACGCUCUCGCCAAUCCUGACAAGGUUGCGAUCAUAUACGAGGGCAAUGAACCAGGAAAUAAUCGCACUAUAACAUACGGUGAGCUUCUCCGAGAUGUAAGUCGUCUCGCUAAUGCUCUCAAAUCUUACGGACUGCGCAAGGGCGAUACCGUUGCAAUCUAUAUGCCAAUGGUCCCCGAAGCUAUUAUUGCUUUCCUUGCAUGUGCUCGCCUGGGAGUCGUUCAUUCGGUCGUGUUUGCUGGCUUUUCGGCCGAAGCACUACGUGAUCGUAUUCAAGAUGCUUCUAGUAAAUUGGUUAUCACUGCUGAUGAGGGACGACGAGGUGAAAAGACGAUUCGUAUCAAAAAGAUUGUCGAUGAAGCGUUGAAAGAGUGUCCUACAGUAGAACAUGUGUUAGUAUACAAAAGAACAGGGUCAGACGUACCGUUCAAAGCGCCAAGAGACUUGUGGUGGCACGACGAGAUUGAGAAACACAGGCCAUAUUGUCCACCGGAAAUUAUCAAUUCGGAGGAUGCGUUAUUCUUAUUAUAUACAUCUGGUUCAACUGGUAAACCCAAAGGUAUAUUACAUACGAUCGCAGGGUAUUUGUUAGGAGCCAUGAUAACUUUCAAAUACGUCUUUGAUUAUCAUGAGGGAGACGUUUUUGGAUGCAUGGCAGAUAUCGGUUGGAUUACUGGGCAUACUUACAUCGUCUAUGGGCCUCUCUGUUUCGGCGGCACCACUGUUGUCUUUGAAUCCACACCAAUUUAUCCCACCCCCAGCAGAUAUUGGGAGGUUGUAGCAAAACACAAGAUUACUCAGUUUUACACUGCUCCCACUGCAAUCCGUCUUCUCCGUCGUCUUGGUCGUCAUCACGUGGAAGGAUAUGAUUUAUCUAGCUUGCGUGUAAUCGGUUCCGUUGGAGAACCCAUUAACCCCGAGGCAUGGGAGUGGUAUAAUGAAGUUGUGGGAAAGGGUAAUUGUGCAGUCGUAGAUACGUACUGGCAGACAGAGACUGGUUCAAUCGUAAUAUCACCACUGCCAGGUGCCAUUCCCACUAAACCGGGAUCAGCCACUGUGCCCUUUUUCGGUGUUGAUCCAGUAAUAUUGGAUCCUGUUACUGGAGAGGAGUUGCAUGGAAAUGGUGUUGAGGGUGUGCUUGCAUUCAAGCAACCAUGGCCAUCGAUGGCUAAAACAGUUUAUAAUAACCAUCAUCGAUAUCUUGACACUUAUUUGAAACCUUAUAAGGGAUAUUACUUCACAGGCGACGGUGUCAGUAGAGAUGGGGAUGGUUAUUACUGGAUCCUUGGUAGAGUGGAUGACGUUAUCAAUGCAUCCGGACAUCGUCUGUCUACUGCCGAGAUUGAAUCGGCUUUGGUCGCACACGAUGGAGUAGCUGAGGCGGCAGUUAUCGGUGUUGCUCACGAUAUCACUGGGCAAGAGGUACAUGCAUUUGUUACUCUUAAACCUAGAGGAGAGAGUACGGAAAUUAAGGAAUUAAUCCUGCAAGUGCAGAAAGGAAUCGGCACAUUUGCUGCUCCCAAGAAAAUUUAUAUUGUUCCUGAUUUACCAAAGACUAGGAGUGGUAAGAUUAUGAGAAGAGUUUUGCGAAAAGUCGUCGCUGGAGAGUCGGAUCAACUUGGUGAUUUGAGUACGCUGUCAGACCCAAGUAUUAUUAGCACCCUUUUAGACAAGGUAAAUGAAUAA